ACAGGAAUAAACGCAUCCCCGAUCUAACCCUGAGGCGCUAAGCCAAACCUAAAUCCCCCAUCCCACGCCGCCGCCGCCGCACCGAUGGGACGCAAAGACUCCUCCUCGUCUUCCUCCUCCGCCGCUGGCGGCGGCGGGAAGAAGGACAAGCCCAUGUCGGUCUCCGCCAUGCUCGCCUCCAUGGACGCGCCCGCGGCCAAGGGCAAGCCCUCCAAGUCGGCGGCGCCCUCCAAGCCCAAGGGCAAGCCCUCUAAGGCGCCGGCCUCCUCCUACAUGGGCGACAUCGACCUGCCCCCCUCCGACGAGGAGGAGGACGAGGAAGCACUCGCCGCCGCCAAGCCCAAACCGUCCCGCGCCGCCGCCAUCGACCUCAGCGCCGGCGUCGCCUCGCAGAAGGACGCGAAGAAGAAGGACAAGCGUGAGGCCAUGGCGGCCGCGGCCGCCGAGGCCGCCAGGCAGGAGGCGCUCCGCGACGACCGCGACGCCUUCUCCGUAGUCAUCGGCGCGCGCGUCCCCGGAUCCGCCACCGCCGAUGACGGCGCCGUCGACGACAACGUCAAGGAUAUCGUGCUCGAGAACUUCUCCAUCUCCGCGCGCGGCAAGGAGCUGCUCAAGAGCGCCUCCCUCCGGAUCUCGCACGGCCGGAGGUACGGCCUCGUCGGCCCCAACGGCAUGGGCAAGUCCACCCUGCUCAAGCUCCUGGCCUGGCGCCAGGUCCCCGUGCCCCGGAACAUUGAUGUCUUGCUCGUGGAGCAGGAGAUUAUUGGUGAUGACCGGUCGGCCCUCGAGGCUGUGGUUGCUGCUGAUGAGGAGCUCACAGCUCUCCGUGCUGAGCAGGCCAGGCUUGAGGCGUCUAAUAACGCUGAUGACAACGAGCGUCUUGUUGAGGUGUAUGAGAAGCUGAAUCUCCGGGACUCGGAUGCGGCCCGGGCGCGUGCAUCAAAGAUCCUCGCGGGGCUGGGAUUUGAUCAGGCUAUGCAGGCCAGAUCCACAAAGUCCUUCAGUGGUGGCUGGAGGAUGCGCAUAUCACUUGCCCGUGCGCUCUUCAUGCAGCCAACGCUGCUCCUCCUGGAUGAGCCGACUAACCAUCUGGAUCUCAGAGCUGUGCUAUGGUUGGAGGAAUACUUGUGCUCACAGUGGAAGAAGACAUUGAUCGUUGUGUCCCAUGACCGGGACUUCCUGAAUACAGUGUGCAAUGAGAUCAUACAUUUGCAUGAUAAGAGUCUGCAUGUCUACCGUGGCAAUUUUGAUGAUUUUGAGAGUGGCUAUGAGCAGAAGAGGAAGGAGAUGAACCGAAAAUUUGAGGUGUACGAGAAGCAGAUGAAAGCAGCCAGGAAGUCUGGUAGCAAGGCUGCGCAGGAUAAGGUUAAAGGUCAGGCGCUGUCAAAGGCUGCUAAAGAGGCUGCCAAGAACAAGGGUAAAGGGAAGAAUGCAGCAGAUGAUGAUGAUGACCAGAAACAGGUGGCUGUGCCACAGAAGUGGCGUGACUACAGUGUUGAGUUCCAUUUCCCAGAGCCUACUGAGCUUACACCACCUCUCCUUCAGCUCAUUGAGGUAGGGUUCAGCUACCCAGGUAGGCCAGACUUCAAGCUGUCCGAUGUUGAUGUUGGCAUUGAUAUGGGUACUCGUGUAGCUAUUGUUGGGCCCAAUGGGGCAGGGAAGUCUACCCUGCUUAAUUUACUUGCUGGUGAUCUUAGCCCUACAGAAGGGGAGGUUAGGAGGAGUCAGAAGCUUAGGAUUGGGCGAUACUCACAGCAUUUUGUUGACUUGUUGACAAUGGAGGAAAAUGCAGUUCAAUAUUUGUUGAGGCUUCACCCAGAUCAGGAGGGAAUGAGCAAAGCAGAGGCUGUCCGUGCUAAGCUUGGGAAGUUUGGGUUACCUGGACACAACCAUCUCACUCCUAUUGUUAAAUUGUCUGGUGGUCAGAAGGCCCGUGUUGUGUUCACUUCUAUAUCGAUGUCUCAACCUCACAUUCUCCUGCUUGAUGAGCCAACAAAUCACUUGGACAUGCAAAGUAUUGAUGCAUUGGCAGAUGCACUGGAUGAGUUCACUGGAGGUGUUGUCUUGGUUAGUCAUGACUCACGGUUGAUAUCUCGUGUUUGUGAGGAUGAGCAAAGGAGUGAGAUAUGGGUUGUGGAGGAUGGCACAGUGAAGAAAUAUGAUGGUACAUUUGAGGAUUACAAGGAUGAACUCAUGGAAGAAAUAAAGAAGGAAGUUGAAGAAUAAUGCUGCUCCAAAUCAGAAGUGCUUUGCAUGUUCUUUGUAGAACAAGCUGUUUUCUUGCACUGAAAUUGCAUGUACUAUUAGUGGGUUUUAUUUUCUCUGGUUUGCAGAGUAUUCAUAUGGUUACAACUCUGAAACAAUGUAAGAUGAGGCGUGCUUGCUUUACUUUAUGUUAUAAGAAAGCCUGAGAAUAUGGUAGUAUUUGAGUGUAUGUUUUGUUCUGAGUUAUGGUUCCGUCAGACAUUUUUCAGUGAUA